GCUUCGUCUAACACAGGCUCGUAUUCUCUAUAGAUAGACGCCUUGUGAAAUCGAUAGUGUUGUAUGUCGUUGUUUAUAGAGCUUUAUUAUUUUAAAGCAAAAAUUUUCAAUAAAUUUUAAACUGGAAAGGAUGCCACCUCCAAGACCGCGAAGUAUCGGGUGUAAUACGGGAAUUGCUCCAGUUAGGCCAAAUCCUAAUACACCAAUGUCAGAACGGCAGCAAAUGGCCCUCUUAAUGCAGAUGACCUCUUCUUCAGAUAAUACGCGCGUUUCCCAAAAAUGUAAAGAGUAUAAAAAGGAAGAAGAUGCAAAUGAAUUCCAAAUUGUUGAAAAAUUCGAUUUAAAGGACAAACUGGAGGAUGCAAGCUUUGAGACAAAGAAGGAUUCUAAUUUUGACCUUAUUCCUGCACCUGAGACUUCAUCGUCUAAUGUAAUGAAAAGAAACUAUUCUGAUAUUGAUGAGGAAGAUUGCGACGAUGCAGAAGAUAUAAAAAAGAAAAGAAGGAAGGAUUUAGACACGGGUAAAGACACCAAAACAGUCAAUUCGACUUUACGUUUUCCAAAUCGGUUGGAUAAAAAUUUUAAACAAAUAAAUAGCACGAAAACAUCUUUGGUAAUGAGCAAAACAACCAACGUGUGUGAAAAAGAAGAUGGGUUUAAGUCCAAGCCUCAAGACGCAGACAUAGAUGAUGAAGAUUCAAAGAACGACUCUUUGUGCAGUGGCGGUCUUAAGGUUCCUCCAUUGAAGAUUGUUAUUCCUCAACAAAAUUGUACUAUUGAUGCAGAAGGCGGAGGAUCGAGAGCGGGUAAACUAAAUACUACAAGAAACGCUGCUUUGCCAUAUGUAGUGAGUUCUAAUACAGAAUCCAGCGACAGAGAUUUGUCAGUACCAAAUACCAGCCCUCAUGAUAGUCCAAUAAAAAUAAAUCAUACGUGUUUAACAGAUGAUAAAAGUUGUAAACUGUUAAACGAGGAGAAAAAUCUACGAGUGCUGAGAAGUGCUCACAGAGUUGGUCUGACGACUAAUGAUAGAAAUUCUAACAAUUCCUCUCCGCAAAUCUCUAGCAACUCUCCAUCGCCAGCCUCAUCAUCUGCUAAUGAUCCAGUGGAGGGCAAAAUGGCAUAUGUAAAUAGUAGUGGGAGUCCUCCUCAUCAAAACAUUUCUUAUGAGCCCGAUGGUAUAUCAAAUAUUCCAAGCCCGUCUACUUCAUCGACUUCAUCAUCGAAAGAUGUUUUAACUAACAACGUGGAGCUACAUCCUAGAAAACGGAAAAUAAGAGCAAAGACGGAGGAAGUAAAAUCAACAACUGGAAGCUCAGAUAUUGUGUUAUGCUCAGAUUCGCAUCCUCACGAUUUACCUUUUACUAAUUGUUUUCAAAUGUAUAUGAACAUAAGAAAACAAGUAGAAAAAAAGUGGAGAAACGUACUACCCGUCAAACCAAGGGCACCACAGGGAUUUAAUGAGUAUUUAUCUAAUACAAGAAAUUACCUUUUACAAUCGAAUCAAAAUAUACCGGUUUCUAAUUUGCCAAAAACAAUUUCUACUCAAAUGAAGGAUAUAUAUCUUAUUCAAGAAAGAGAUCGUGUGGAACUACACCGCCGCCAUCUUGUGGAGAAGGAAAAACUGUGUUUAAACGUAGAACAAGAAAUAAUUAGAAUCCACUCCAAAGCAGCAAGAAAUAUGGCUUGCCAGUCGUUGUCAUUUUCUGUGUGUUCAUAUAUGAAAGAUGAUGAAGUUUACAAUAUUUUAUCGAAUGAACAAGAGGAUAAAGAAAGAAACGCACGGUCCAGGUUCAAUGGACGUUUACUUCUAAGUUGGCUUCAAGACGUUGAUGAUAAAUGGGAAAAAAUAAAGGAAUCUAUGGUCUUGCGUCAUCAUAAUGAAGCUGAGAGUUUACACGCGGUGCAAGUAAUGGAUUGGGAAUCUGCUUUAAAAAAGUUCGAACUAUUAGAUCUUGAUAACCAACCUUGUAUUGAUAGUGAACACGUCCCUAUAGUCCAUGUUAGUGAUGACUUCGACCUUUUGCCAGCAUAAAUAAAAAGCUAUAAAGAAAAACAUCAGUUGCUGUAUUUCACAUAAGUAAAAUGUGUUUAAAAAGAAAAAUAAAUGACAGAGGGUGUAAUUACUAAGGAAUUAAAUUCUACAAAGGCUGGUUCUAUGUUCGCAAAUAGAUUAACAAUAAACAAGAUAAACAAAGGAUAAA